AUGGCCUCUCGCCUUCUUGUCUCUGGCCUUCCCCGGUCCCUCCCUCCUCUUCCUCCGGGACCUGGCCCUCCCUGUGUCCCCUGUGUCGAGGGUCGCCUGCGGGCUACCCCUCACUCCUCCCCGUUUCCUCCGACGGAGGCCCCGAUGCAGACGCUUCACAUGGACGUGUGGGGCCCAGCCCGCGUCCGUGGACAGGGUCACGAGCGCUACUUCCUGCUGGUGGUUGACGACUACUCGCGUUACACCACAGUCUUCCCCUUGCGCAGCAAGGGUGAGGUCACUGAGAAUGGGAUUGCUGAGCGCCGCAUCGGCAUUGUCAUGGACGUCGCCCGUACGUCCAUGGUGCAUGCGGCUGCCCCCCAUUUUCUGUGGCUGUUUGCGGUGAGGUACGCCGCCCAUCAGAUCAACCUUCAGCCCAGGGUCUCCAGACCGGAGACCUCCCCAGCUUUGCUGUGGACGGGGAAGGUUGGCGAUGCGUCGGCGUUCGGUGUCUGGGGAUCUCGGGCGUUUGUCCGCGACUUGUCUGCGGACAAGCUGUCCCCUCGUGCUGCUCCUUGCGUCUUCCUGGGUUUCCCCCCUGACGCACCUGGGUGGCAGUUUUACCACCCCACCUCUCGUCGUGUUCUGUCCUCCCAGGACGUCACGUUCGACGAGUCGGUUCCCUUCUACCGACUCUUCCCCUACCGCACUCCGUCACUCCCCCCCCCGCCCCUCUUCCUGGUCCCAGGUCCCCCCCCGGUAGACCCCCUCCCCCCUCAGGGUCCUGCCCCUUCUGGUGUGUCUCAGGUAGACGCGGUCGAGCCUGUCGAGGUCACUGGUGACUCUGGUGCUGCUGCGGGUGCGGAGCCUCGGGGUGUUGAGACUGGGGGUGCUGAGACUGGGGGUGCUGAGCCUGGGGGUACUGAGCCUGGGGGUGCUGCGACUGGGGGUGCUGAGCCUAGGGGUGCUGAGCCUGGGGGUACUGAGCCUGGGGGUGCUGAGCCUGGGGGUGCUGAGCCUGGGGGUGCUGUGCCUGGGGGUGCUGAGCCUGGGGGUUCUGCGUAUGGGAGUGCUGCGCCUGCUGCUUCUUUUCCUGGUGGUUCUCCAGACCGUUCUUCGCGCCGCGAGCCGCUCUCUCCACUGGAGCUGCGUGAGUGGUUUGCCCGGCGCUGGAGGCGAGCUGCUGGAGCCGGGGGUCCAGCGGGUGCUGGAGGUUCCGUUGCUGCCGAGGGAGCUGGUACCACGGGUCCCGGAGGUGCUCGUACUGAGGGUACUGGAGCUGCCGGGCCCGGGGGUGCCUCUGGAGCUGGAGCUGCUGCGGGUGCUGGCGCUGAGGCUAAGACUGUCGGUCCUACAGCGGAUACUUCUGCAGCUGCUGGUGGUGCUGGAGUUGGAGCUGCUACUGGUGCUGGUGCUGCCUCUGGAGGUGUUGGUGCUGUCCCUGCUGUCUCUGGCGGUGCUGCGCGGCCUCGGCCGUACUUCGUUCCGCUCCUUCAGCAGGUUCUUGGUCUCCCGCCUUCCACUGGUCCUUCUCCUCCCGUAGAGUGUCCGCAGCCUGUCCCGUCACGGUCACAGUUACAGCCCGCCUCUCCUCUGCCUUCUCCUUCUCCCUACGCUGGUCCUACUGGAGGUCUUGCUGAGCGUCGUGAGCCUGCGUCCCGCCCUUCUUCUCUUCCUACUCUUGCCGACCCGGAGUCGGACUCUCACCGUGCUGCCAGUCCUACUGUCACGCGUCUUCUUGCUACUCUUGUCACUGACCCUUCCUUUGAGUCCACUGCUGCGUCUGCCCUAGUUGCUGAGCUGGUCGACUUUGCUGCUGCGUGUCGUCUGGACUACGCUGCCAGUCUUGUUGCUGAGUCUGCUGAGUCUGCGUCUGCUGCGUCUGCGUCUGCCUGUCCUCCGUCCGUCGGGGGUGACUGUGCUCUUGGCACGGACGUCCUUGAGGACAGGCAGGAGGAGUUCCAGUGCUUUGCCGCCGCUUUGCCCCAUCUCGUGUCCAUGCUUGUUGCCCCUGAGGGAGACCCGGAUGCUCUAGACAUCCCGACCCCACGCUCUUACGCAGAGGCGAUGGCCGGUCCCUACUCCUCUCAGUGGCAGUCAGCCAUGGACGCAGAGAUGGCCUCCUGGAAGUCCACAGGCACUUACGUUGACGCUGUUCCCCCUCCUGGGGCGAACAUUGUCAGUGGCAUGUGGAUCUUCAGGUCAGCGACAGGGAGUUGA